AAGCAAACCAAAACAGUUGUGAGCAACGAAAGCGCUGAAAUCUUGAGAAUGAUGGGCACUGUCUUGAAACCAUUGGCCAGUCGUCCGGUAGAUCUUUAUCCGGCAGAAGUCGCCGCUGAAAUCGACCAUCUCAACGAUUGGAUCUACAAAGAAAUCGCCAAUGGCAGCUACAAGGCUGGAUUCUCUUCCAACCAGGAAACCUACGAAACUGCCUACAAAACCUUCUUUGCGGCUCUCCAAAAGCUGGACGAAGAGGUGCUGUCAAAAUCAGCUUUUCUGGCGGGAGAUCAUGUCACGGAAGCUGACAUUCGUCUAUUUCCAGCUCUCUUUCGAUUUGAUCCAAUCUACUACUCACGGUUCAAACUGAAUCAGUCCUUCUUGUGGGAGUAUCCCAAUGUUUGGACAUGGAUGUCUCGUAUGAUGAACUUAGAAGGAAUGGAACCGGUGUCCAAUGCGGCCUAUCUGCGCCAUUGCAAGCAAGGCUACUUUGGGCGAACUGGAAAUGGAACCGUUCCGGUGGGGCCGCUUGGAUACCCAGAGUGCUACAAGAGCCCUUCACCACCCUUUGCCAAACAAUCUUAGUUUUUCUGCAGGACGAUAAGAGGAUCCUCCAUCUUGCCCGGUUUGUUUCCCAACUCUUAGUAUCACAACUACUCCCACAUUGUACUGUAACCAGCACCGCUUAGCAUACACAUAGUUACUACCGGUAGAUACCUCA